UUCUAUCGCUUCCCACCUUGCCCCUCUAUAUCUUCUUCCCUUCAUGCUACAUUUUGCUUUCAAAACUCCAUCUGGGGUUAGAUCUACCCAUUUUCUUGAGUUUUCGUGGAAAUGUCAUCUGGGUAUGCUUUAUUCUCUCGAUUUGAGCUGCGAAGUUGGCUCUUUGAUAUUCCUUCUCUCUAAACUAUGUCUUAUUUUGGUCAUAUCUUUCUAUAAAUAAUAGAUUUCGAUGCUUCUGUUUAGUCUUUCCCUCUAUCUUCUUUUUUCCCCUUUCCUUAGAUUCUAUUGAAUCCUAGAUUUGAAGUUCUUCUAUUUAUGUAGUAAAGUUUUCCUCUCAGGGCGGCUUUGACCUGUGCGUCACCACACUUAGCAGCUUUAUUGUGUAAUAUCUCCUGCAAUCUCUAUAAAAAGCUAGAUGGGUUCUCGGUUCCCAUCUCAUCAGCUCAGCAAUGGCCUCUAUGUAUCGGGAAGGCCUGAGCAACCAAAGGAAAGGACUCCAACAAUGAGCUCUGUGGCCAUGCCAUACACUGGUGGUGAUAUCAAGAAGUCGGGAGAAUUGGGUAAAAUGUUUGAUAUUCCUGUGGAUGGCUCAAAGUCUAGAAAAUCUGGACCUAUAACUGGUGCUCCUUCAAGGACAGGAUCAUUUGGAGGUGCUGCUUCACAUUCAGGACCAAUUUUGCCUAAUGCAGCAGCUAGAGCUGCCUAUACCACAUCAGGUGUUGCAUCGUCUGGAGGCGUGUCAGGUUCAGCUUCAUUGAAGAAAUCUAAUUCUGGACCCUUAAAUAGGCAUGGAGAUCCUGUAAAAAGGACAUCUGGCCCCCAGUCUGGUGGAGUGACACCCUCUGGCCGCCAAAAUUCUGGCCCCCUUCCUCCUGUUCUUCCUGCAACUGGUCUCAUUACAUCUGGGCCUAUUUCAUCGGGGCCCUUAAAUUCAUCUGGAGCACCUCGAAAGGUAUCGGGCCCUUUAGAUUCUAUGGGAUCAAUGAAAAUUCCAGGAUCUGCUGUUGUUCACAAUCAAGCAGUUACUGUCCUUAGCCAAGAAGAUGACUUUUCUUUCAGAAAGAACUUUCCAAAACCAAUAUUGUGGUCACUGAUUCUACUUUUUGUCAUGGGCUUCAUUGCUGGUGGUUUUAUCCUUGGAGCAGUGCAUAAUGCCAUUCUCCUAAUCGUUGUUGUGGUUCUUUUUGGUGCUGUUGCUGGACUAUUCAUAUGGAAUACCUUCUUUGGGAGGACAGCUAUCAUGGGUUUUAUUGCUAGUUACCCAGAUGCAGAGUUGCGAAAUGCCAAGAAUGGACAAUUUGUAAAGAUAUCUGGGGUGGUGACCUGUGGUAAUGUGCCUCUUGAGUCAUCCUUCCAAAAAGUUCCUAGAUGUGUGUAUGCAUCCACAAGUUUGUAUGAGUAUCGAGGAUGGGAUUCAAAAGCAGCUAACCCGACUCAUCGACGUUUCACCUGGGGACUCAGAUCAUUAGAAAGACGUGCAGUUGACUUCUACAUCUCUGAUUUCCAAUCUGGGUUAAGAGCAUUGGUUAAAACUGGCUAUGGAGCAAGGGUGACCCCUUAUGUUGAUGAUUCCCUCGUCAUUGAUGUCAACCCCGGUACUGAAGAGUUGUCUCCAGAGUUCAUCAGAUGGUUAGGAGAACGGAACCUUUCAAGAGAUGAUCGAAUAAUGCAAAUGAAAGAAGGGUAUAUCAAAGAAGGAAGUACUGUUAGUGUAAUGGGAGUUGUUCAAAGGAAUGAUAACGUGCUUAUGAUUGUUCCUCCACCUGAGCCAAUUACAACAGGGUGUCAAUGGGCCAAAUGUAUUUUUCCAGCAAGCCUAGAUGGUAUUGUUUUAAGAUGUGAAGACACCUCAAAGAAUGAUGUAAUACCAGUGUAAUAAUGUUGAAGACUCACUAUACUGUGUUCUAUUAUUCUUUUAAUCACUAUUAAUAUUGACGGUGGCUGCAAUGGUGGGUGGUAACAGUGAGGGGGGUAUUGACAAGUGACGAUGGUCAGGUCUGGUGGCUGCAGUGGCAGUGGCAGUGGCAGUGUUUUUCAUUUUCAAUUUCACUUGGUGUAUAGUUUUGGUGUUUCGUGCCUUUUUUUUUUUUUUUCCUUCUCUAGGUGAUGAUGGCUUUUUGUAAUGGGGUUGGUUGGCUUGGUAUUGUAGGGAAUUUUACAUGUUUGAGCAGAUUGCGGUUAUGUUAAAUAGAAAGAAAAAUGUGAGCUAUUCAGUAAA